AUGGCAAUUGACAAAGAAAAUCAUCACUACAUGCUGCCGUGUGAAAAGGAACUAGCGAAAUGUGUCCGGGAGGAAUCGACGUUUACAUAUGAGCGAAACCUACCCGUGUACAAUAUCAGAGCAGACGCACCGUGCGAGGUGCAAGUGUUACCAAUUUGCCAGAGCAACUCCGAAAUUUGCGUUGUCGAGCCUACGGCAGCGCUGCUGGGAGAAUUUAAGGAUCAAGGCAGCGGGUGGGCAUUGUCACGAAUACUGAAUUUGACAGUUAAUGCGAACAAAUACAAUCCUUUGCACGCGGGAUGCCAUAUUGAGUUACCGCAAAAAAUUAUGGUGAAGAGAGCGGUCGUAACCGUGCGGUCCAGGGACAAUGCGUGCUUCGCAUGGUCAGUGGUGGCCGCUUUACACCCUGCUAAAAAUCAUACAGAACGGAUAGCCUCCUAUCCUCAUUACUCUACAAUAUUAAAUUUGAAAGACAUUGAUUUACCAAUGACACUAAAUCAAAUUAAAAAGUUUGAAAACGCUAUCUCCAUCAACGUCUAUGCCAUCGAGACAAAAAACGAACAACAUACGAUCCUUCCAAUACGGCUCACGAAUCAAAAAAUGGACAAACAUGUUAAUUUGCUAUACGUAGAGGACGAAAACAGCAACGAGGGACAUUUUGCAUGGAUAAAAAAUUUAUCCCGCCUCGUCAGCUUACAACUGAGCAAGAAGGGACAUACAAAAUUCUUUUGCGAUAGAUGUUUACAUUAUUUUUCAUUGGACAAAAAACUGGAGGCUCACGUAAUGGACUGCCGUGAGAUGAACAACUGCGCAAUCAGGCUACCGAGCGACGACAAGUGGCUCCGUUUUAACAAUACCAACUGGAAGGAGCGAAUGCCAUUCGUCGUGUACGCGGACCUUGAGUGCAUCCUGGAGAAGACGGACAACGAGGAAACAACGAGCUACGAGUACCAGCAUCGUCGGGAUUGCAUAGCGUGGUUCGUCGAAGAACUUAAAGAUUUAGCGCACAGAGUAAAGUCCGCUCUGUCCGGUAACGUUCCGAUGGCGGAAUUGACGCGCGACGAACGCGAUAAAUUUAACAGCGCAGCGAAUUGUCACAUAUGCGAGAAACCGUUCGCAUCUGACGACAGACGGAUAAUGCAACGCGAAUUUUGUAAUUUAUCGGCUGAGCAUUUCGAUCUACUGACGCGAAAAGGUGUGUUUCCGUACGAGUACAUUGACUGCUUUGAAAAGUUGGAGGAUACGCAUUUAUCGCCGCGCAAAUCGUUUUAUAGUUCGUUAACGGGCGAUACUGUAUCCAAGAACGAUUACGCGCAUGCUGUCAACGUGUGGGAGCGAUUCUCCAUUCGAACGCUCGGCGAGUACAGCGAUCUGUACUUAAAAACUGACGUCUUGUUAUUAGCCGAUAUAUUUGAAAAUUUUCGCGAUAGCUGCGUCGCGAGUUAUGGAUUCGAUCCCGCGCAUUAUUUUACUCUACCCGGUUUUACGUGA